UUUUAACAAAUGUUUGCUUUUGUCACCGUCUUCUCCUUUUGAGCCGAUUUUUCAUCUCUUGAUCUUUCCCAAAUCACUUUUCUUAUCUUUUUCUCAAAAUGCCUUUUCGAUGCAAAUGCGGACGAACUUAUGAGAAGCCGGAUUCUUUUUCCACCCACACUUCGGCUUGUGCUCAGUUCCAUUCUCGACGCAUGUCUGAUACAAGCGCCACUUCAUCGGUGGUGCGUCAACCACCUCUUUUGCUGAAUACAACUCCGUUAUCUUUGACGGGAUUACUGUCAUCCGGCGGCUCAUCUCAAACCAGCUCGCCCACGGGCGAUGAAGCCUCCGCGGGCGGAAGUGAUUUGUCGACUUCCAUGCCGACCAAUUUCUUUAUGCCAACCGCUUUAUCAUUGCAAAAUGCUUUUGAAGGAGCUAGGCGACGAUCCAUGUCCUAUGGCUCAUCAUUCAAGUGAACAAUACUGAUUACAGAUCUGCACUGGUUGCCUUUGAACAAAACCAACACAGAACUCAGAAAAAUUCAGAAACAAGCAAAAAAUACCCCAAGUUCAUGUCAAAUCCAACCAUCAUCUGCUUCCAUCAUCUUAUUUCCUCCUUCUCCUCCCUUCUCUUUAGCCUUUUCAUCUGUCAAUAGUUUUUAGCUCAAUUUUAUUUGGAAAAUGUCAAAAUCUCCGCUCAAUUUUUUUUUUCUUUACAUCCCAACCAGAAAGGGAAAAAAAAGCCUAUAAACAUAUUUUUUUCUUCAACACACAAUAAACAAGCAA